AUGGCCACUCAACCAGCAACAGCUCGAUCGCCCUCAUUCGACUUUAACCACCACUCUCACCGUCGACUCAAUCCUUUGACCCGCUCCUGGGUCCUCUGCUCGCCACACAGGACACAACGACCCUGGCAGGGCAAACAGGAGGACGACGACCUCUCAAAACGCCCCUCCUACGACCCCUCUUGCUAUCUCUGCCCCACUAACACCCGUGCCAAUGGCGCACACCUCCAGAACCCAGACUACACCGACACCUUUGUCUUUGAAAACGAUUUUCCAGCCGUCCAGCAAAACCAGCCCAUCCUUCUCCACGAUAGCUCUGAAGACGAGAACUCACUGCUGCAAGUAGAAUCCGUCCGGGGCCAAUGUCACGUCAUCUGCUUCUCACCCCAGCACGACAAGACCCUGGCAGACAUGGCCGAACCAGAGAUCGUACCCGUCAUCGACGCCUGGAUCUCAACCUACAAAGCUAUGCAACAACAGGGACAUAUCAACCACGUCCAAAUCUUUGAAAACAAAGGCGCUAUCAUGGGUUGCUCUAACCCUCAUCCUCACGGCCAGGUCUGGUCGACAGAGGACAUCCCACAGGAGACUGCCGUUGAACUGGAGAACAUGGCAAAGUACCGCCAACGGCAUCACCGCUGCAUGCUCUGCGAUUAUGUCAAAACCGAGACCGACGCCGACAGAAAAGCAAAGGCCGACGGAUCGGCGGAUCCAUUGUCACCAACGGCAACUGGCAUGAACGGAACUCAUACUUCCUCGCAUACUGCAGAAACAGGACCACUUGCAGGAACUGAUCCAACACCGCCAACAACACCCACAUCCACUACCUUCCCAUCGACAAAGACAAUGCCCUCUGCAACAACACCAGAUGGGUCAAGGAUUGUCUGCGAGAAUGACAGCUUUAUUUGUCUAGUUCCUUUCUGGGCGACCUGGCCUUUCGAGACCAUGGUCCUCUCUAAGGCCCAUCUCGCCCGACUCUCGGACAUGACCAGCGCCCAAAAACAGGACCUUGCCAAUAUCCUCCGUAGAAUCACCUGCCGAUACGACAACCUCUUCCGUUGUUCCUUCCCUUAUUCGAUGGGCGUCCAUCAGGCCCCCACCAACGACGAUGUCUCCCACCAGGAACUCUCGCAUCUCCACUUGCAUUUCUACCCACCAUUGCUCAGAAGCUCCACCGUCAAAAAGUUCCUUGUCGGAUUUGAGCUGUUGGGUCAAUCGCAGCGCGACUUGACGCCCGAGCAGGCAGCCAAGCGACUCGCCGACUGUUCAGAGGUUCACUACAAGUCUGCUGUCUAA